AUGGAUAUAGCAUUUGAAUAUGCAGAUGAAUCAUUGAAAAAAGAUAGAGAAUUUAUAUUGAAAGCUGUUAAACAAUAUGGAUAUGCACUUGAAUAUGCAGAUGAAUCAUUGAAAAAAGAUAGAGAAAUUGUAUUGAAAGCUGUUAAACAAAAUGGAUAUACACUUGAAUAUGCAGAUGAAUCAUUGAAAAAAGAUAGAGAAAUUGUAUUGAAAGCUGUUAAACAAAAUGGAUAUGCACUUGAAUAUGCAGAUGAAUCAUUGAAAAAAGAUAGAGAAAUUGUAUUGGAAGCUGUUAAACAAAAUGGAAGUACAUUUGAAUAUGCAGAUGAAUCAUUGAAAAAAGAUAGAGAAAUUAUAUUGGAAGCUGUUAAACAAAAUGGAAAUAUAAAAUUUAUAUUGGAAGCUGUUAAACAAGAUGGAUAUACACUUGAAUAUGCAGAUGAAUCAUUUAAAAAAGAUAGAGAAUUUAUAUUGGAAGCUGUUAAACAACAUGGAAGAGCAUUUGAAUAUGCAGAUGAAUCAUUUAAAAAAGAUAGAGAAUUUAUAUUGAAAGCUGUUAAACAAGAUGGAUAUGUACUCGAAUAUGCAGAUGAAUCAUUGAAAAAAGAUAUGAAGAUCAUCAGCUCACUACCCAACAAGUAUUCAUCUAAAACCGCUAAAUACAAAUUCCUCAAGAAAGUUGAUACCAAUUCUAUUAAUCAAAAACUAUCCAAAGGUAUUGUUGAAUAUUAUAACAAGAAAUUCUGUGAGGAAAAUGAUCUAUUCUGUUAUUUGUUCUUUAAAGACAUAUUUCCAAAUGAGAAACCAAACUUUCUUAAUUUUAGAUCUAAUUAUUCUCCAAAGUUUAUUGAAAAGUUAAUCAUUAUUCAAAUAUUGAAAAAUAUCAGCUCAAUUAAUCCAUCUUCUAAACCCCACAUAUUCAAGACUUUUGAUUACUAUUUAUUUUGCUUUAAAUUAUAUAAGUUUUUUGAAGAAUAUCAAUCAAAAUUGAACUCAACCUAUUUUUCAAAUAUUAAGAGUGUUGUUGAUGAUAUUGCCUCUAAAUUUGAAGUAUAUUAUUCAGAUAAAGAGGUUGAACCAAUAUUACAUUUUUAUGAAGAGUGGACAUCAGAUUUGACUAUUUUUGAUAACCCUAGAGAGUUAAUAGCCAAAUAUAACGAAUACCAAAAAAAUAUUGUUUAUGAGCUGGUAUCAGUUUUAGGAUAUGGAGCUGAAGGAGUUGUAUUUAAAGCUUUCAAUAAGGAGACUAAUCAAUAUGUUGCUUUUAAAAUUAGUUAUGAAUAUUUAGACGUAGCUCCUGCCCAAGAGAGAAUCAACUUUCUUAAAAGUGAUAUUGAGGGUAAAAUUAAAUGUUAUGAAGCUAAUCAAAUUAGUAAUCAUCUAUAUACAGUUAUGGAAAUAGGAGAGGAAUCUUUGUCUGAUUACAUUAAUAGAAAUAGUGAGGUUUAUACACAAAAGUCUAUUACCAAAGAUUAUUUAAUUGAAAUAUUAACAAUAUUCACAAAAAUACUCUACUCGGUGCAAACCAUUCAUGACCAUAAUAUUAUUCACCGAGAUUUAGAUCCAAAGAAUAUUGUCAAAGUUUCAGAUCAAUACAAAAUUAUUGACUUUGACAUCGCAAAAGUGGCCAAGACUGGAAAAUCUAUCACAUUGACUAUUGGAAAGUUAAGUUACAUGUCUCCUGAAGUCUCUCAAGCCAGUUAUAGAGAGGAAUUACUCGAUGAUGGCAAACUUGUUCAAAAUAUUGGGAAUAUUUCAACUAUGAGUGAUAUUUUCUCAAUGGGAUGUAUUUUACUGAAAUUAUUGACAAAUAGUUCAUUAAUGUUGGAUAAAAAGUUUUUACAAGAUGCGAAUGUACAGAAAUAUGCCGAGCAGUAUCGAUAUUUUGUGUGGGAUGGUGUUUAUUUUCAUACAGUAUUGACGGAGUUAUUGAGAGAAAAGAAAUUACACCACGCCAUCCAAAAAACAAUUGAUCAAUAUAUAGAUCCUAAUUUUGGUGUGAAUACAAUCUUAACACGAUGCUUAAUUACCAUGAUUCAACAAGAUCCCAAUAAGAGAUUGAUGUGCUACACUCACAGAACAAUCCUUUUAAGAGUUAUUAAUUAUUUGAAAGAUAAUAGUUCAGAAAGUAUUGAAUUAAUUCAAAAGGAAAUGGAAGAUAAGUAUAGUGAAAUAUCUGAACUGAAGGAGAUUCCUCAAAUAGUCGAGGAAAAUGAAAAAUUAAAACAAGAAAAUAAGGAACUUAAAAAGGAAAAUAUGAGAAUCAAGGAACUUGAGGAAGAAAUUAGAAAAUUAAAGUUAUUACUUAAAUGA